AUGCUCGCCGAGAUUCGCGGUGAGAGUGCGGUGGUCGGGAAGUCGUCUCCCGACCCGCCUCGGAAGGAGAAGAGCAGCGGCAAGGAGAAGAGCAGCAGCGGCAAGGAGAAGCAUGGGAAGGAGCGGCGAAGAAGCCUGGAUGGGGGGAAGAAGCACCACGGCAAAGGCAAAGGAACGUCGGUAGAGCCUUCGUCGCAGCAGCAGCAGCAGGAGCAGCAGCAUGGGUCGUCGCAUCGCGAUCGCGACGAAGGUGAGGGUACGGACGCGACAUUUCGCAAGUGGUACAACAGUAAGAGCCGCAAGCUCGCGCUGCUGGUCUCGCAUGACGGAAGCAGCGACCCUCACAAGCGCGCCGAGCCCGCUAAUACCACCACUCCUGAGCAACACGGCUCGCAAUCCACGCAAGGCAAUGACGCGCAGCCGCAUUCCCAGCAUCACACGCCGCAUCACACCCCGCGCACCGCCUCCCGCUUCCACGGACUCUUUCGAAAGUCCUCCACCACCGACUUCCCACCCCCUGGCGCGCUCGACUCCCCAGGCGCAACCGCGGACGGCGGAAGAACUCCCCCCGCCGCAGGCGCGAGCGCGGGCGAUGUGACGCCGGAGCAGAUGCUGUCCCCCGUUGUGCUCUCCCCGGUGGACGCGCACGCGCGGGGCGGGAUGGCAGCGGCGCUUAAAAAGGGCAUGUGGAAGUUCAACGCGCUUCGGCGCUCCGUCGGAUCCUCCGCAUCUGGCUCCGGCAGUGGGGUUACCAGCGGGGAGAUGUGUUACAGUGGGGAAGACACGGGGGUGGGUGCGGAUAGCAGCGAGGCUAGACCUUCCAAAUCAUCCGCGCAGAAGCGGAAGGAAGCCGCGAAGAAGACCCUGCUCCCGCGCACCCCCAGCCCUCUCGCUAGCCCUGUUAAUUCGGGAGGGGCAGGCGGAAAGGUGCCGAGUGUAUCGAGCGCGGAGGGCCCGGGGGCGGUCCCGGCGUCGUCCCCGCUGUCCACGCCCUCGCCGCUUCUCACUCCGCUCGGCGCGGAGGGCAGGGGCAGGCGGAAGUCGCUGCUGGACUGGGACCUCGUUUCCCCCACCGCUGCGGGGCUGCUCGGGGGAGCCUCGCGCAUGUUCGGGGGGGAAUCGCGCAAGCAGCAGCAGCAGAUAGGAGGAGGGGAGGGAGGAGGGAGCGCGGCGGGCGUUGUUGCGUGUGUGAGGCCGAGCAGCAGCAGCGGCAGGAGGGUGGCCCGUCGGAGCAGCACGGGCGGAAAGAAGGAGCUGAACAGGUCUCCUGGUGGUGGUGACAGCCCUGGUGGAGAUGACGCAGGCGCAGGGAGAAGCGCGGGAGGUGGGGUGCCUGUUGCGGUGCCAGAGCAGCGCGGCACGCAGCAGCAGAACGAAGGGGGCGGCGAGGUGCCGGGGGGUUUACAGGUGGCCGUGGGGGAGGGAGGGCUGGGGGGAACCGGCAGGGUUGAUUCUGGCAGGACUGUCAGUUGGGAGAGGGGGCUGGAAGGCGUCGGGUUGGAAACAGGCUCCUUUGGUGGGCUGGCUGCUGCCGGUGCAGGGGCAGCAGGGGCAGCAGGGGCAGCAGCAGCAGGCAUAGCGUCUGCCUCUGCAGCUUCAUUUCGCAGGGAGCGGCGUCUGGGUCGCAGCAGGUCGCGAGCAGCAGCAAGCGGAGAGCUGCUAGCGCGAGCAGUGAUGUCUCCUUCUCUCCUCGACUCAGACUCGCUGCUAGCCGUAGACGCUGCUCUUGCUUCCGUUGACGCCUCCUCCUCCGCCGCCUUCUGUGGCUCAGGGGAAUUUACCCUGGAUCAGGUUCUUACCCCGCUUACUGUCCCGAACACCCCCAGCAGUAGCAUCCCCAGCACACCGUCUGCUAUCCUCUUUUCCCCUCGUUCUGGUGCGCAUGCGUGGGUUGCGCCUUCCCCCCGCCCCGCGCGUAGUCCCAGAGGCACUGGCGGGGAAGGGGCUGCGGCGGCAGCAGCAGCAGCGGCGGCGGCAGGGGCGGUAGGGGGAGCAGGGGGGGCAGGGGGGAGUGUUGGGGCGCGCAGGCACCAGCGGCACCGCAGCAAGUCGCGGUCAGGCGCGGAUCUGGCGGGAGUGCUGGCGUGGGGGGAGGGCGGAGGGGCAGGACUUUCGGCUCUGGGUGCAACUAGCCCCCGUGGUGGCAAGGGAGGGAUGGUGGGCGGAGAGAAGGACAAAGCGGGCAGAGAGAAAGGGGAUGGCGCAGGUGGGGGGAUGUCGUCGCCGAAGGGCGGAAAGAAGAAGAGCGCAGUGCAGACAGGGGGAGGAGGCGGGGGGGAGGGCGAGGGGAAGGAUAAAGGGGAGGGGACGGGGAAAGGAGGCGGAGGAGGGGAUGGGAAGGCAGAGCGGUCGCACUCGCACAGGCGGUCCAAGUCCCGCGUGCGACCAGACAUGCUGCAUAUACCGCCCAAGCACCACAGCGAGGCGUGGGCGCAGGGAGGAGGGCCCAAAAGCGCGCCCAAUGCUGCCGCCGCUGCCGCGGCUGCUGCUGCUCUCAGCGGCGCGGAAGCGAGUGAGCGGCGGGAGCAGAGGCAGAGGAGAAGGGAGAGGAGCCGGUCGAGAGUGAUGGUGGAGGAGGGGCAGGUUGGGGCUGGUAGCGUGGGAAGUGGGUUCGGCAGCGGGGGUUCAGGGGUAGAUGGGGCUGCGCAUGGCUUGCCUCCCUUGUCUCCUCGCAUCAUCCCACACACCCCCGCUUCCUCCACCUCUUCCUCCUCCGCUCUUGAUGCCGCUGUUGCUGCGUUGCCGCCCCCCUCUGCUCCUGGUCUGCCCAUGGCAGUGGUUGCAGAAGGUGAGGAGAAGGCAGAAAACAGAGCGCCAGUGGAAACAGCAGCGGCGGCAGAGGCAGCAGGGGCAGCAGAAGCAGCAGGGGUAGCAGGGGUAGCAGGGGUAGCAGGGGUAGCAGGGGUAGCAGGGGUAGCAGGGGUAGCAGGGGCAGCAGGGGUAGCAGGGAUAGCAGGGGUAGCAGCAGCAGGAGAAGGUGAUGAUUCCUGUGUCUCUGCACCAACUCCCUUCUCCUUCCCCACCACUCCUCCUGCUGCCAUCGUUCCUCCGCCACUGCCCAUGCCUGCUGCAGCAGCAGGUGCAGAGCGGUGUGUGGAGGCAGGGAGUGGUGACGGGGUGGUGGUGGAGGUGCAAGAGGGGCGUGAAAAUGGUGUGAGGGGGAUGAUGGGGGAGGUGGGGCUGGGUAAGAAUGGGGGUAGCCGUGAAGCUGGGGAGGGGGACGCAGGGGAGGAGGAAGGGAAGGGUGUGGGAGGGAAGGAAGAGGGAGGGAAUGCAGUGGGAGAAACGGGGCUGAUAGGCGUGCCUGCAGUGCCUGUGCAGACUAACUUGGAGGUUGUGGAAAGGACAGGCGUAGGGGCAGAGGCAGAGGCAGAUGGAGGGGCAGUGGCAGGGGCAGAGGGGGGGGAAGAAGGAGAGGUAGAGGCAGACACAGGGUUAGGGGUGGAUGAAGGAGUUUGUGCAGGCGAGAGGGGAGUCGUGAAGGAGGUUGUUGGGGACGAGAGAAAUGGCGCAAGUUUGCCUGCUGAAGCGCAGACAGAAAGUGCUGCUGCUGCCGUUGCUGCUGCUGAGAAGGACGGAGUAGAUGAGGAAGCGGAAGUUGGCGGGAUGGGGAGGGCAGAGGGCGGGGCACGUAGGGUGGAGGAGGGGGAGGAGCAGGAGCAGGGUGAUAACAGCAGCAAGCCGAUGGAAGAGGAUGGGGCAGGAGGAGGAAGAAGAGACAUCGGAGUGGAGGCUCGUGUGGGUGGUGGAGAGAGUGGUGAGACGGUGGUGAAGAGGAUAGAGACCGAGAUGCAGAUAGAGAGAGAAGGAGAGGUGGAGGCAGAGGUAGGCAUGAUGGGUGUGGUGGGUGUAGACAGCAGCAUGGGUGGUGAGGAUGGUGUUGUUGGUGAUGAUGCCAGGGAGGAACCAAAGAGAGAAGUGGUGGGUGAGGAGAGACAGGGUGAGGAGGUAGGAGAGGGAGGAGAGGGAGGAAAGUUGGGGGCGGUGGAGGAGGGGCAGCAGGUGAGUGUUGGCGUGGAGGUUAGUAUGGAGAGUGGCGAGGCGGGAGCAGAGAAGGAUGAGACUGAUGGCGAGCCUACGAGCCCACAGGUGCUGCUGCUGAGACAGGAGGGGAUCAGAGGGCCUGCCAGGAAUCUCGUGGGGGAGGAGGAAGAAGAGGACGAGGAAGUGGAGGAUAUUUAUGAGGAAGAGUCAGAGGGUGAGUAUGUUGAUGGGGAAGAUGAUGAUAGCGUGAUGCUUGAUGGAGAGGAGGAGUUGAUUAGUGACAGUGAGGAAGAGCUGUUGAGUGAGGAGGAUGGCGGGUCUGUGAGUGGCGAUGCUGGGUUUGAUUCGGAGUACAGUGAUGGGAUUUAUUCAGAAGGGGAGGAAGAGUAUUCUUCAGAGGGGGAGGGAGAGGAGGUGGGACGUGAGGAGGGUAGUGAGUCUGAUUUGGGUGGUGGAAGGGUGGUGGGAGCGGGGCGGGUGAGGAGGAAGAGGGUAGGUGGGGUGGUGGCGAAGGGAGGAGGUGGUUUCAGAAGGCAUGGGCAUGGGAACGAAGUAACAGAUGAGGACGAGGUAUGGAGUGAGGAGGUGGAAGGGGAGGAGGAUGGGAUGUCUCCCGGUGCAAGCAGACAUGUGCGGGUGCAUGGGAGGGGGCAUGGGACGAGUCAUGGGGGGGUGCAUGGCCGCAAGCAUGGGCACUCACAGGUUGGCAAGGGGAGCAGGGGAGGGCAUGCGGAGCGGAGGCGAGGGGGUGUGGUGGGUGAACGGGAAGGCGGUUCCAGGCGCAUGUAUGGCGGCGAGCACUCUGAGGAGGAGCAGGAAGAGGAGGAGGAGGGGUAUAUAGACACAGAUGAAGCAAGCCCCCACAGCUACAGCCACAGCCACAGCCACAGUCACAGCCAUGACAAUGAGGACCUAGACCUAGACCUGGGUGGUGAUGGUGUAGGUGCUGUGGGUCAUGAUUAUGACCAUGACAUCCACGCUCCCAUAGACGAGGACAUGCCUCCAGAGCUGCUCUACGUGCGCACGCUCUCCAUCAUGCGCCGCCCAGAAAUCGCCCAUGCGCAUGGGCAUGGCCACGCGCACGGUGUUCCUGCCGUGGUAGCAGCCCGCGCGCUCCACCGGGAGUUUGGCCCCGUGGCGGCGGCGCGGCGGCGCGCGCAGCAGUGCCGAGACCACUGGUCGUGGCUGUUCAUGCAGUAUCUAGAGAUGAUGCUGCAGCGCCUGGCAGGGCAGGAUGAUGAUGAUGACGCCGUGUCACUCAUGCCGGGUGGUGCAGCCACGCAUGCGUUCAGUAUGGAUGAUGACGAUGAGGAGGAUGAGUGUAUCGUCCCGUAUGGAUCGAGAGCAGGAGGAGGUGGGGGAGGGGGAGGAGGAGGAGGAGGGGGAGGCGGGGGAUCGUCUGCGUCGUCCUCUCGUGGCCGAGCGGGGCCUGUGUCUUCUCUGUCGGAUCGGUCAUGGUCUGAUGCGGCGCCUGUGUGCGUCACACGCAUCACGCACCGCCACCGCAGCCGGCACUGGUCCGCCACCGAAGCCGUGCGGGAGUAUGAAUGGGUGCGGCGGAAGUUCAGAGGAGUGGCGGACAGUGCGGAGAAGCUCAGCGAGGCGCAUGUGGGGGAGGUGUUUGUGGCAGGGCUGGCAGUGUGGCUCAAGUACUGGGAGCAGUGGGGCGAGGUGAAGCCGCAGUGGGUGGUGGAGGAAGAGGAGGAGGAGGAGCAGGCGAGUAGGGACCGGGAGAGGGACAGUGUGAGUGGAGGGGGGAGCAGCGUGGGCGGGUUUUUGUCUCCUCGGUUUCCUGACUCUGCUGGUGCGUCUCCUUUGAGGGAUCCCUUGGGGAUUGGCAAGGGAUGGGGACCGGAAGGAAGCCUGCAAGCCAGGCUCCUAGCAGAGGCGCUAGGCACGGGGCCGCCGCAACCAGCCACGUGUUCCCAUGAUGAUAUUCUCCUGGUGGCCGGGCUAGGUGCAGCGAUCAGCUCGUGGCAGCCUGCCACGGCGUGCAUGUGUCUGCUGCGCCUGCUGCAUCGCAUCGCUCGCUUUGAGCUCCUCGCGAACAACUUUGCGUGGCCGAGAGAAGGCUCUCUCUUUCGGGAGGGCUCCGGGGUGCUGGGCCGCGAGGGCAGUGGUAACUUUGGCUUGCAGGCCAGAGCAGCGUCGUCUCGCUCGCUCACGCCGCCGGCUCGCGCGUCUGGCUUGGCUGGGUCGGGGAACAUGGGGGGUCUGCUGGGUGGUGGUGGUGGAGGAGGAGGAGUGGGGGCGGCGGCAGGAGCGGCAGGAGGUAGUGCAAGUGGCGGGAGUCAGCCUGGGUCCCCUGGGUGGACUCGUCGACGAGCGGUUUCUAAUUCUGGGCCUUUGGAAGGUGUGGCGCGUAUGGGAGGGGGAGGAGGAUAUGGUGCUGGUGCAGGUGCUGGAGCAGGGGCAGGGCAGCAACAGCAGCAACAACAGCAACAACAGCAGCAGCAGCCACAGGCGAAGCAUAGCAAACUUCCCAGCUUUGGCCGAGUGCUCAACGUCAGAGUACCCUCCAACCUCCCUGCCUGCCGAGCCUUCAUCCUCUCCUGCCUUAAAGCCGUCCUCACAGCAUGCCACGACCGAACGCUCACCCACCCGCAACACGCCCUCCCUUCUGCCGGCUCCCCAUCCUCCCCAACCAACCCCGCGUCCUCUCACCACCCGCUCACCUCCGUCUCCUCCCCGCCGCGCCCCAACCUCCUCCUCCCCAGCCACCGAACCCAGAAGCCCUGGCAGCCCAUGCGACUGGCAAGCCUCGCCGAGGUGGCUUUAGCAGAGGGUAUCGCGCGGGCGAAGCACAGCAAUCUCUCGGAGCGAUGCGAGGAGAUAGAUCGGCUGUACUACAGCCUGGGACUCGGCCCGGGCGUUCUAGCCAUGAACCUAGCAGCGGAAAUGAGGGAGAUGAAGCAUUUACACCCAGACGAUAUGGUCUCCCUCGCUCUGCAUAUGGAGUCGCUGGGUUUGGAGGAAGCGGCGUUCCAUGUGGUGCUGUGCGCGGUGGCGUCGGGACGGCUGGCGGCCGAUGGGUUUGACCAUGUGAUCCGCAUGGUGUUUCAGGGCAGCGGGGCGGAGUCGGUUAACGCAAGAUUCGCUCGCUUGGCUAGUACGGUGAAGACUGCGCAUAUUGCAACUGUGGAAGGGGGAGGUGGAGGAGGGAGUGGGGGAGGGGGAGGGGGAGGAGGAGGAGCGGGAGGUGGUGGCAGUGGUGGGGCUGGCAACGGUCCUGGUGCUGUUGGCGGCGCUGGGAUCGAGCGCAGCAGCAGCGGCAUGAGCACGAGCAGCAGCAUGGGGAUGGAUCGCAGCAGCAGCGGGGUGAGCAGGCGGGACAGGCCAGCAUCGUACGUAGCAGAGCUAGCAGACGCCAUGCUGCGAUGCACCGAUAUGAAACUCUGCCACCCGUGGGCAUACGAAGUGACUCUCAACUUCCUCAGAAUGCACUCCCGGGGCUUGCUCGGCGGGCCCGGAGCAGCAGGCGGUGCCCUGGGCGUGUCCCGAAUGGGCAAUGUUGUGGUUGACUGGAGGGAGAAGGAGCUGAGUGCUCUGGUGAUGCUCAACCGGUGGCUGGGGAGCGGCGCUGCUGCUGCUGCCGCUGCUGCUGCUGCGGGAGGCGAGCAGGGGUGCGGCGAGGAGCGGGCGAUAGAGGUGAUAGAGAGGAUGGUGGAGCCGGCGACGGAAGUGGGGUGGGCGGUGUGGCUGCGCAUUGGGCGGAACAUGGAGACGGAGCUGCACCUGCCGCUGCUGCUCGAGUCCAUGCACGUCAAAUCGCUCAUGCACACAUACGAGGCCAUAGACGAGGAAGGCUCCUGCGCGGACCCUCUAGACCUCGAAGUCUUUGACUGGGGUCUGCGGGGGCUGCUGCUCGCGCUCCCCGACUCCACGUCCCCCGCCAUGCGGCCCGCGGCGCUGCUGGAGAUAGUGUACCCGCUGGACGAGGAGAAGCCUGAUCUGUCGCUCGCUAUCGCCUCCCGCCUCGCUGCCACUGUGGCUGACUCGCGCAAGUGGCCCCUCGCGGACGUGCCGGCGCUGGUGGCGCAGAUACUCACCAUGACCGAUGACUGGCAUUUGAGCAAUGAGCAGAAGUCGCGGGCAGUGAACGUGGCGUGCCGGCUGUGGGGGUGGGCCAUGCCCAAGCGAGCACAGCUGGUGAAGCAAUGCGAUAACGCGGAGGAGGUGAGGGAGGUGAUGGAGAGGAGUGCUGCUUCCAUCUGGCGCUCCGUGGGUGCCUCAGGAUCAUCACCUCGGAACAUUUGA